UUAUUAUUAUUAUGAUAUAUUAUGUUACAAGUAAACCUUUGAGUGAAUUAAAUUGUUUGUAAAAAUUCAUAUAAAAUGAUUUAUAGCAAGUUUUAUUUAUUGUGGUAUAUUAGUGUGAUAUGUGUUUUUUUAAAGGUACAAAGUUCUGAUGUAAAUUUAGAAUGGGGCAAAGAUUGCCCAAGAGCAUGUACUUGUAAGAACACUGAUUUUAUAGACUUGCCAAUAAUGAAAUGGAUGUAUAACGGACAACAAACUGAACUAGAACCACAUAUCUAUAAUACACAAAAUGAAGUUAUUGAAGAUAACGAAGAAGAACCAAUAGCUCAUCACAAUACACAGUUUUUUAAAACUGCUUUAUGUAUGUUUAUGAAUGUAACAAAUCCAAAAGACUUUUUAAAUUAUCUUCCAUUAGAUACAGAGGCAUUAGUUUUAUUUCAAACAACUGAUUCAGACAAUAUUACAAUAGAAGAUGAUAUAAAACUUCCACAACUAAUUUCAUUUGAAAUUCAUGGCAAUAAUAAUCCAACAAAAAUCUAUAUUACAGAUAGCAUGUUUAAAUAUAUGGAUAAUAUAAAAUAUUUAAAUAUUCAAAGUGUAUCAUUAGAUAAAUUAAUUUUAGAAAGCAAUGAACCAAAUCCAAUAAUUGACACUAAUGUUUAUAAAAAAGAAAAUUCAUAUGCAUUUAAUGAACUUUCACCAGUCUUACCAUCAUAUUUACAUAAAGAACAUAAUAAUAAUAAUAAUAGUAAAAAAAAAAAAAACCGUUUGGUAUUUUUACAGUCCAAAGAUAUUGACAUAGUUCCCUAUGAAACCUAUAAAAAAACUAAAAGAAGAGCAAAAUCUAAUAGUUUAUUUCUAUUCAAUAAAGAUUUGUUGUUAUUAAGAAUUUCAAACUGUGGCUUAAAAGAUUUAUCUUGGGAUUUAUUUAAUGGACUGGAAUCAUUGGAAACUCUUAUUUUAGACAAUAAUAUUAUUGAGUCAAUCCCAGAUUUUUCUUUUUACGGUGCUAGAAAUCUAAAAAGUUUAUCUUUAGCUAAUAACAAAAUUAAACAUUUGCAGACAACUAGUUUAGCUGGACUUCUUGAUUUAAAUUAUUUAAAUUUUAAAAACAAUGCUAUAACUGUUUUAUCAGAAGCAACAUUCCCACCAUUACCGCAGUUAAAAGUCGCAGAUUUAAGCAAUAAUCCAAUUGAAACGGUGUAUCCAUAUACAUUUGAAGUGCUGAAUGCUACAAUAGAACUUGCAUUGGGAAUAAAUAGCACACAACUACAUUUACAUCAAAAUGCAUUUAUUGGUUUAGAUUCUCUAGAAAAAUUGAAUUUAAUUGGUGUAAAUGUGACAAUUUUAGAAAGACCAUUUAUGGUUGGACUUCCUAGUCUAGUUGAACUUAAGAUCAAAGGUUCCAUACAACAUAUAGCUUUUGAUGCCUUUGCUGAAAUACCAAACAUUAAACGUCUCACAAUCAGUAAUUGUUCAAUACAAUCCGUAUCUAUGGACACAUUUUAUGGAGUUUAUAAUCUAGAACAUAUAGAUUUAUCUUAUAAUCAACUCCAAGAAUUACCUCCAGGCUUAUUUGAUCAACAAUUGUUUCUCAAGGAAUUAAUUUUGAAUAAUAAUCAACUGAUUGAUUUACCAGAUGAUUUAUUUAAAACAUUACCUUAUCUUAAAUUGAUACGAUUAGAUAUGAACUCAUUACACUGUACAUGCAAGAUGAAAUUGUGGGAUAUUUCAUUAAUGACUAAAAACGCAAAAGAAAUAAAUAAACAUUCUUGUGAAUGGAAUCAUUCAAAGAAAGGAUAUAGCUGCUCAAUGAAAACUACAACAACAUAUAUUUAUAACAAAAAAUUAGAACCAAUAUGUUCAAGUCCAACAAAAUUGAAAGGAAAGACAGUUUCAUAUGCUUUGAGAAAGUACUUGAAUUGCAACAGUGAAUCAUAUAGUAAACUUUACAUGAAAAAAAAAUAUAAAGAAUUAAAACUUUAUAAAAAAGUUAGUGAAAAAAAUACAACAGUUUUGGUGGAAAAAGCCACAACAGUAAAGACUAAUUUUUCUGAUUAUAUUUUUAACAACACAACAAGUAUCAGAUUUAAUACUAUUAUCAUACCAAAUAUAACAAUGGAAAUUAUUGAAUCAACACCAAAAUCAAUAACCAAUAAUAUAGAAUACAUUAAUGUGGAAAGAAGUAUACUUUUGAACAAUGGAACAUAUAUAAGCAAGUCAUCAUUGAAGAACGAAAUAUCUAAAAUGAAAAGAAAGCAUAAAAUAAAAAAUACUGAUUCUAAACUUGAAAAUUAACUAUGAGAUUAAUAUUGAAAUACUUACUAUUUAUUUAAAAAAUAAUACACACUAUGUUAAAUUAUUUAAA